AUGAAGAUUAAAGAGAGAGAUUAUAUUCGUCGAAUGGAGGAGAUGGACGAGUCUGUUCGUCAUCUCCUCGACGAGCUAAAGAGCGCUAGUGAUUCGGAUUUUCCCAUCAAAUUGAUGGCAAAUGUGCAUUGGAACCGCGCAAGAGGUGAUCUCUUGCAUUGGGUGCCAGUGCUCAAUAGAAUUGAUCUGAUAUUGGAGAAAUACAUUACGGAGUACGGUUUGGAAAGCGAUUAUCCCAAGUUGAGGUUGAUUUCAAGUAAGGAUUCCAAAGUGAUCUGCGCGUGUUUGGCAUUUACAAAGACACUUUUGAAAAAUUGCUCAGACAACCAGAUUUACUCAAGUACAGAAAGAAUUUACGCGUUACUCAACACCCCAACAUCAGACGUUAGAUUAAAAGCUCUAGAAGUUGCCGUGAUUUUUGGCGAGAGAUACGCCAAUGCCGGCUCUUCUAGGUUCUCACCACCGAAAAAUGUAAAGGAAAAAGUCUUGGAACUUGCCAAGUCUUACCCCCCAUUAGUACCACCAGACUGUCCAGUACGUGCGGAGGACGAGCGAAACAAGAGUCUGGAUGGUAAAACAAGCAUUGUUGGAGACCACUAUAACUUUGUCGAUACUUUAGAUCCUGAAAAACCUUUACCAAAAAGAUGGAAAGGUAUUUAUUUCCAGUACUACAAGUCUGCAGUAUCUGGAAAAAAAGACAAUGAACCCCUGCGAAAGAAACGAUCUACAGGACCAGGGGCAUCGACGGCAACAGGGCAGAACGGCGAUGAGGAUGGCACUCUUGUUGAAGGGUUGCAAACAUUUGCCAUUCCGGAAAGCCUGGUUGCUAAGAUGAGCUUGCAACAAAUUCUUAGCAAGGGAAGUGAGUCCUUACCUAAAAGUUCCUGGUUCCAGUUCCUGAUGAUGGCGGAAAAUGUCAAGUCCUUGAACAGUCAAUCCAAGGAGGCAUUUGCAUUGAGAGAGAAGCUUAUUCAAAUCAAAUGCUUGGCCGUUGGUUACUGUUGCUGUACCAUGUCAAACCAAAACACCUCGUUCAAGUUACUCGAAGCCGAGCCCUAUAUUUUCAGCUUUUUGGUCGACGCCAUACUGCCGGACAGUAGGCAACAAAUACCAGCGCCAGUUUAUGGUGCGGCAAUGAAGGCGUUGGAGUGUAUAAGUAUGAAGAGGGCAUGGGGAAGAGAUAUUUUGCAGAGCAUGGGCGGGAAUGUCAAUCAUGGAAUAUUGUUUCAGUGUUUAAGAAAUAUUAGAGAACUGGCAUCGACAAAUCAGCAAGGUUUCGAAGAAGAAAUUCACAUGCCCUUUUUUAACAUGCUUAGCCAUAUGAUCAAGACCAAAAGUUUGUUGCCUCGUUUAACUUCAGGCGGGUUGCUCCUAGACUUGAUUCCAUUUUUGGAUUUGGAUUCAAAAUACCAAUGGACAUGUUCUGCUGCUGUUUACUUGCUAUAUUUGUGUAUGUCAGGAACGCCAGAUUCAAUUGAUACUUUUAUUGCGAAUGAUGGGUUUACGAAACUCAUUAAUGCAGUUGGAAAGCAAGUAGAUUUGCAUUUAACCAAUCCACACUAUGAUUCGUCUUUAGGUGAAGUACCACAAUAUACUACGAUCCCAAUACGAAGCGUCAAUUUGCUCAAAAACUUGAUGCGUCUUGUUGCCGAUCUACUCAACUCUGAUCACGGUGAUAGGCUUCGUAAUCUUUUUGACUCGCCUAUAUUAGGCAGUUUUAACAAGAUAUUCACUCACCCUUUAACUUUUGGACCGCAAAUCUUAUCUUUCACGGUAGACUCGGUCUUUUACAUUAUCCAUAAUGAGCCAACAGCUUUUUCAAUAUUGAAUGAGGCUCAGGUUGUCAAUACGUUGUUGAACAAUUAUGGGUCCUUAUUCUUACCUUCUAGUCAGUUGGUCAUGUCUCUUGCGGAAGUUCUUGGUGCAAUUUCAUUGAACAAAGCCGGCUUGGAUAAAGUUAUUGAAAAUAAUAGCGUUGAGGUAUUUUUCAAAUACUUUUUCGACUUGAAAGUGGCAAGGGUAAUGGUUGAUUCCGAUAUGGCUACAAAUGUUGGAUGCUCAAUUGAUGAAUUGGGUCGCCAUUACUCACAAUUGAAGCCAAUUAUUUUGGACCAAACAUUGAAAUUAAUUGAAAAAAUGCCUGAAUAUGUCGAUCAGCGAUUGAAAGGCGUGCAACUCUACCAGCCACCACAAGGGGAAGCAAAAGGUUUGUUCUUUGAAAGUAAAUCAGAGACGAUUUCGGUGAACUUUAGAAACGAAGAAGUAAAUAGUUCAAAUGAUGACCAAAACAAUGAUUCUAAGAAUGGUACUGAAAGUCAAGUGCACAGUUGGGAUAAUGGUGCUUAUACUUUUAUGCUCGAUAAUGUUUACUUCUUUCUUAGCGGAUUAUUCCAAGAUAGUGGUCAAUGGGGUGCAGAUGCUGUGAAGAAAAUACCUUUUGAUGCUUGGCUCAAAUUUUUGACGCUACAAAAUGCACCAUACGAUUACUUUUUGUCCAAUGGUCUUACCGCAUUAUUAGUAACACUCAAGUAUCUUGAUGAAGAGGAUGCAGAGUAUUCUAUUCAUAAAAUGACAGAUGAAUUGGCAGAUCAAUUAAAAACAGAUAUAGUUUCAAAAUACAUCAACUAUGAAGGCGACGGAUCCUUUUUUGCAAGCAUUAGUCAAGACGAAGCUAACUCUUUGAUUCAACAUUUAAACACUAUAAAUAUCCUAUUGUUUAUGUUGACUGAGAUUUACAUCAAUUUGGCUCUUGACUCUGAUAGGAUCAGACAAAUCUUGCAAAUAUUUGGAGUUCAUUCAUUUUUAGGUGGCAGUUUGUGCAAGUUCUUGCUGCGCAGCAUUACCGAAGAAGCUAUAUUACAAGCUACAACUCCAGAUGAGGUUCUUAAGUUAACAUCAAACUUUCCCGCAGAUAGUCCGCCGCUCCAGAUCUACAGUAGUGAUCCUUCGAAAAAAGAGGCAAACACUUUGGGAACAAAUGCAAAGUUCAAGAAUGUUCUCCAACUUCGCACUUUGAACUACUAUUCGCAAGGAUAUAUUUCCCUUGUAUUAGCCACAACUGUGAGAGCAUGUUUACCAAAGCGUCAUGACCACCCAAUAGACCAGCUGAGACGUGAUGGAGUUGAAAUUUUGUUGUCAAUUGCACAAGGCUUAACUGAUGCGUUUAAUACUGGCCUUCAUCAGCAGCAACAGCAACAGCAACAUGAAAAUGAAAAUGAACAUGACUCAAAAUUAUUUGUCCAUGAAAUGUAUUUGCUAGUCUUGUCCAAUAUCAUCUUGUACAUUUUGAGCCAAAAGGAAAAAGGCAAGGAUGUUGUUUACACUCCGUUUGCUAUUGCAUUGUUCCAGCUUGGGUUUUUUGAAAGUUUGAACAAGGCGGCUAUUUCCAUGUGGAAUAGCUUACUAAACAUGGACGUUGAAGAGGUGAAGGCCACGUUGGAUUUGAAAUAUAUAAAGUCUGUUCCGGGUAGUAUUGUCAAGAAUGCAUCAAGCCAAAUGUUUUUGAUUUAUGCCAGGAUCGUCAAUGCUGAUGAUGUGGCACCUAUAUCAUUUGUCAAAGGUUAUUUCCAUACCGGUUACUCUUCAAAUAUAGACGCCGAGGUUAUAUCAUCGUUUUUGAUUCAAAUUCGUGGUGAAGCUCUUGAGUUGUUGACAAGCUUGGUUUCUAGAGAAAAUGCUGCAAUAUUCAAAGAUUCCGAAUCUUGCAAAAACGUGCCUUCGCCAUUGAUUGAUCAAUUGGUUCAUAUUGCACAAAACGUAUUCAAGGGAGAUAAAGAGCUGAAUAGGGCUGAAUUUGUGCCAUUAGAUACUCGUUUAGUGUCUCCUCCAGAAGAUCAAGUUGCAUACUUGAUCUCAUUGGGAAUGACGGAGUCGCAAGCAAAUCAUUAUUUCGACCACCACAAAAAUGUACGAGACUUGAGUAUAGGAAUUCCCAUGACGUGUCCUAUUUUUCUGGAUAUAAAGGAAGAUCAGUGGAAGGCAUUUGCCGAUGAAUAUGCUUCAGCUGAUGUCGACUUUAGUAUCGAGCUCAAAGAAUUUACAAAGGUUCUGAAGAUUCUUGAGAAAAGAGAAAAGUCAUGGUCUACCCAUACAUGGCUUGAUAUUGCCACUUUAUAUCCUCGCGCUACACCAGCUAUUGCCAAUCUCUUCACUACUUUGUCUAAGAAAAAUGUGUUUUCUGAAAUUUUGUGUGAAGCCAACAAGUUUCCUGAGAAGAUUGGUGGUGAACGCUUUGCCGUUUUACUUCGUUUGAUAGCGUUAGUUUUGCGAACAAAUGUAUCGAAUGCGGCAUUUCCAAAAGAGCUUACAAAUCUUUUCCAACGUAUUCACAUUACUCAAGAAAAUGUUAAUGAAGAGUAUGCUCAGUAUUUAAUGGCACUUUUUGAGCAAAUCUUGUUGUACCAAGAUGUACCAGAUGCAGAGGAGACAAAGCAUGCUUCGAUCAUUCCCAAGACUUUAUCUUAUUUUGGAGAGAAGGAAAAGCUUAUGGAUACUAUGCUUGAGUCACUUACGCAAAUAAAAGAUGUAAAGGAUGGCAAAACAGCCAACACUAUUGCUCGAGUAUUGGCCAUAUAUGCUAAACAUUAUGCAUAUGCAACUGAGAUUGCUAGUCUUCCUUUGAUAGCCUCGCUUUUGAAAUCGGUCAGGGACGAGUCUCUUGAGAAACUUGUUCGUGAAUCUUUGAAAACAAGUUUGGUUCUUAUUUUCCGAGGCUCUUUUGAAACUCGCGAUGUAAUACAUUCAAUCAUGAAGUAUGAGGUUGAUGGUGUUUUUGCAAGGGGCUAUAGACAAACAAAAAGUUUAAGGGCGAUGUUGAAGGAUAAUUUCCAACUUGUGUUUAGAGACCCAAAGGCGUUAACCGAUGUAUUGGAAACGGAAAUUAUACUUGACGCAUUUAGUGGAUCACAGCCUCUUUCACAUGAUAUCAAGGUAACGAAGACUAAGCCUGAUCCUAAAUUAAAAACAUCAAUAUCAUCAACAGCUGGUGCAGCUGGUGCUCCAGAUGCUCCAGAUGCUCCAGCUUCAGCAAACUCAAUACCUACAACUACGAUUUCUGCAACGGGAGAGCCUGACCAUCGUUCAGGAGCUGCUUCCCAAGAUGGUGUUGAUAAGUCAACAAUAAAUGCAUAUGCAGUGAAUUUCCUCAUGCUUGAAUUAAUGGAUAUUGCCAAGAAAGAUGUUUAUUCCGAUCCAAAGAAUGAUGAACAGGAGACUACUAGCAAAGAUGCGAAAAAGCCAGAUUUAAAUUCUAAUCCAAACUUUGCUUAUGCAUGUUACCUUUUGCAAACCUUGGCUGAGUUAUUGGCUUCCUACAAGCAAGCCAAAUUUAAUUUCUUGACGUAUUCGAGAAAGAAACAAGCAGAAACAAAGUUGAGAUUUACUUCGUUGAAUUUUUUUAUGCAUCAAUUGAUUCCAACACAGCCAUUUGAAGAUGUUUCUGAAACUGUUGCUGAGCGGAAGCGUGCAAUUUCAUCACUUGCUAAAGUUGCAUUGAUGUCCUUGGUGUCAACACAGCUACUUGAUGAUGAAGAAGUAUUGAAACUGAAGAAAGAGGAUCCCGACUUGGCUUUGAUUAGAAGGUUUGUUGUGGAUUUACUUUUGAAAGUUUUGAAAGAAACAUCGACUCUGACUGCUUUAGCAAGAGAUAGGUAUGGUAAAUUGCUUGAUUUGUUGGACUUGACUACAACAUUUAUCUCUUCGAAAAAUAGGGAGUCACUUGCUUCUGCUUUGGAUAAAGAGUCGACAAAGCAUGACUUGUUUUAUAUGACUAGAGUUUAUUCUGAGAAGCAAAUGUCAACUACAUUAACGAGUUUGAUUGCUGAAUUUGAUCUAAACUAUCCUGACAUUGAAAAAGUUGUUAAAUCUGCGUUGAAACCUAUUACCAUAUUGGGAAAGAAUAAAAUUGAUUAUCAAGAAUCUUUUGCAGAAGAAGGAAAUGGAGAAGGAGACGAGGAUGAUAUUGUUCCAGAUGAUGAAGAUAAUGAGGAGGAAAGAGAUGAUACUCCGGAUUUGUUUCGUCACUCUACAUUGGGAAUGUAUGAUUUGGAAGUUGAAAGUGAAGAAGAUGAUUAUGAUGAAGAUGGUUUAGAAGUGGUUAUGUCUGGAGAUGAUAUUGACGGUGAUAGCUUAUCUGACCUUUCAGCAGAAGAUUCUGGAGUCGAUGAUGAUGAUGAUGAUGAUGAUGCUCAUGGCGAUAUGGAAGAAGAGGAUGACAUGGGAGAAGGUGUUGAUAUUGAAAUGAGAAGCCGUGCUUCUGACGACGACGAUGAUGAUGAUGAUUCGGGCGACGACUCCGAAGGUAGUAGCCUUGAUGAUAUUGAAAUCAUUGAUGAAUUGGAUAUCGAUUCUAGUGACGAAGAAGGAGAUUUUGAUGAAGACGAUAUAAUCGUUGAUGUGGAUGGAGUGCACCCUGGCGAGUAUUCCGAUGCUGUUGAUGAUGAUGAUGAAGAAGAAGAAGAUGAUGAUUCUAGCAGCUAUGAUGAAGAAGAGCUAGAGGGUUGGAUUGAGGAACUCGAAGGUGAUGCCAGUGACGAUCAAACAUCUUCAGCACCUCGUGCUUCGAGAAGACGUAUGGUUCAAGGUGAUGAUGAUCGUGAUGUCGACGAUGAGUCAGAUGGCAAUGCUAGUGAUUUUGAAGGUGAUGAGGACGAAGGGGAUGGACUAGGAGGAACAGGAACAAGAACAGGAACAGGUCGUGGAUUUGAAGUUAGAAUGGUUACCCCAGAUCAUGGAUUGCGCAGAAUAUUUAAUCAAGCUGAUCUUACUCAAUUUAGUGGUAACCCCGGUAAUGCAUUUUCGAUGCUCGUGGAUGGACUUUUCCGAGACAGCAGUUUUAGAGGCACGAUUGAUUAUGACAACCAAGGUCGUGUUGGCAUUCCCAGCAUUGGAACUCUCUUCGAGAGCAUGCUUCAUAUGGGUCAUGGCCAUGGUGAAGGUGGCCAUAUUUUCAAAUGUCAUAUAAAAUCAACCAAGGAGCGUUGGUCUGAAGCUGUUUCCAUGUUUGAUCCACCAAAUAUUGAUCUCAUGAUUGAAAAAAUCAUUCCUGGUAUUGUCAAUAGAAUUGAAGGUCCAAGUAUUGAGGCAUAUAGAAAAAGGCAAGAAGAGUUGGAUAGAAUAAAGAAGGAACAGGAAGAAAAAAGACGUAAACAAAUUGAAGAAGAGCAAAAACGUCUUGAGGAAGAGGCUGAGGCAGCUGCUGCAAGGAGGAGACAACAAAGCGAGAAUGCUGCAAGUGAUGCAGGAGACACGGAAGCAGAAGGAGCAACUGCUCAGCGUGAUCCAGUGUUUGUUCGAAUUGGAGAUAGAGAUGUGGACAUUAGCGGCACCGAUAUCGAUCCUGAUUACAUAAUGGCUCUUCCUGAAGACAUGAGGGAAGAAGUGCUUGCGCUGUAUGUUCGCGAAAGACGAGCAAAUGCAACAAGAAGCAAUUCGGAUGCGCGUGAAAUUGAUCCAGACUUUUUGGAUGCAUUGCCAGGAAAUGUACGUGAGGAAAUUCUCCAGCUGGAAUCAUUUGCUAGACGAUAUGCAUCAAUGAGUAGUGGUUCACGAAAUGUGUUUGAAGAUGCAAUGGAUGGAUUUGGUGAAAUAGAUGAAGAAGAAGAUGAUGAUGAUGGUCAGGACGUGGACGAGGAAGAGGAUGAGGAUGAGGAGGAUGAAAGCAACCUCGGAGAAGACAAUGUUGGUGAGAACGGUGGAAAUGAGUCUAGCCGUCGUCGUCAUCAUCAUCGUCGUAGCCGUCGCCGUUCAAGUGCAGCCAAUAAUGCGGGCACAAAUCGUACAAGUAAAGCAAAGAACAGUAGUAAGAUUUACUUUACCCCACUUGUUGAUAAGGCGGGUAUUGCAUCUAUUGUGCGUCUUAUAUUCUCGCCUUUGCCAAUUCCUCAAAGAGAACAAAUUUUCCAAACGUUGCAUUAUAUUUGCCAUAACAAGCAGAGCAGAGUUGACAUCAUCAACAUGAUGCUUAGCGUUUUGAGUGAGGGUUUCACUUCUCACAAGCUGAUGCAAAUGAUGUUUUCGCAAGUUUGCAGUCGCGCUUCCAAUAGAGAUGGUAAAUGGAAGUUGCCACAGAAUACCACACCUAUCUCUGUAGCCAUUCAGUUUAUUGAGUCUGUUGAUUAUUUGCUUGAACGCAAUAGUCAUUUGAGGUACUUUUUAUUGGCAGAGCACGAUAAUCCAUAUUUGUCAAAGAAGCAAAGCAAGAAGGUUGGCAAAGAAGGGAAAUUUCAAAUCAAUUUUCUCAUUAAAUUGUUGAAUAAUAGAUUACUCGCAGACGAUCAAACUUUUGCGGAUAUUUUGGCAAGAGUCCUUCAAUUAUCCACACGUCCAUUGAAUGGGUUCAAGAAUAUCGCAAAUGACCAAACUCCGCCCUUUCCAUACCCUUUUAUUCCAGAUGAUAACUUUGGGCUUAUUGUCAAGAUACUUACAGCAAAUGAGUGUUCAAAUUCGACAUUUAGACAAACAAUUAGCGCUAUGCAAAACCUUUCUGUGUUGUCAAACGCUCAAAAAUUGUUUACUCAAGAAUUGUCAGAACGGGCAAGCGAGUAUGGAGGCAAAAUCAUUGUGGAUUUGCACAAGUUGACAAAAGAGUUAGCUGAGGGAGAAGCAACAAAUGCGAAAUCGUUUAUGAACUUUAGUGCUCAUUCCUCUGAUCAAGCCAAGUUAUUGAGGGUAUUAACUGCUCUUGAUUACAUGCACGAGAAGAAAAAUGAUAAAAAGGAAAAUCAAGCACAAGAGCCGGAGGGCGAGAUUGAAGAAUUGACCAAGCUUUACAAAAGUUUAUCUUUGGGAACACUUUGGGAUGCAUUGAGUGAAUGUUUGCGUGUUUUGGAGAAGAAUCCAAGCUUGAUCUAUAUUGCAAAUGCAUUGUUGCCAUUAAUUGAAGCACUUAUGGUUGUUUGCAAACAUUGUAAAGUGGCAAACCUUUCUUUAAGCCAAACGAAUAAUGUCAAUAAUGGUAAUAAUAACAACAAUACAAGCAAUGCUGCCAAGUAUGAGUUGAAGAAGGUUGAUUUUACCAAAGAGCCAAUUGAAUCGUUGUUCUUUUCCUUUACGGAUGAGCAUAAAAAGAUCUUAAACUCUAUGGUGAGAGCUAAUGCCAAUUUGAUGAGUGGACCGUUUGGAAUGUUAGUGAAGAAUCCGAGAGUUUUAGAGUUUGAUAACAAGAAGAAUUUCUUUGACCGCAAGUUGCAUGAAAACAAAGAAGAGCAGCCUAAGUUGGCAGUUGAUGUUCGUCGUGAGCAAGUGUUUUUGGAUUCUUAUAGGUCAUUGUUCUUCAAGAACAAGGAUGAAUUUAAGAACUCCAAGUUGGAAAUCACAUUUAAGGGAGAAUUGGGUAUUGAUGCUGGUGGUGUUACUAGGGAAUGGUACCAAGUGUUGAGCAGACAGAUGUUUAAUCCUGAUUAUGCCUUGUUUACUCCAGUUGUUUCGGACUCCAAUACAUUCCACCCUAACAGGACGUCGUACAUCAAUCCUGAACAUUUGUCGUUUUUCAAGUUCAUUGGCCGGAUUAUUGGUAAAGCUAUUUACGAUAAUUGUUUCCUUGAUUGCCAUUUCACAAGAGCUGUGUAUAAGAGGAUUUUGGGUCAACCUCAAUCAUUAAAGGAUAUGGAGACCUUGGACCUUGAGUAUUACAAGUCAUUGCUCUGGAUGUUGGAGAAUGAUAUUACUGAUGUUAUUACCGAGACAUUUAGUGUUGAGACAGAUGAUUAUGGUGAACACAAGGUGAUUGACUUGAUUGAGAAUGGAAGAGAUACACCGGUCACAGAGGAAAACAAGCAUGAGUAUGUCAAGAAAGUUGUUGAGUACAAGCUUCAAACUUCAGUUGAAGAACAGAUGGAGAAUUUCCUUAUAGGAUUCCAUGAGAUUAUUCCAAAGGAAUUGGUUGCAAUUUUUGAUGAGAAGGAAUUGGAGUUGUUGAUUUCGGGAUUGCCUGAUAUUGAUGUUCAUGAUUGGCAAUUGCAUUCUACUUAUAGUAACUACUCGCCAUCGUCAUUACAAAUCCAAUGGUUUUGGAGAGCAGUGAAGUCGUUUGACAAUGAAGAAAGAGCGAGAUUAUUGCAAUUUGCCACUGGUACCUCGAAAGUUCCGUUAAAUGGUUUCAAGGAAUUGAGUGGCGCUAGUGGAACAAGUAAGUUUAGUAUUCAUCGUGAUUAUGGUUCUACUGAUAGGUUGCCUUCAUCGCACACGUGCUUCAACCAGAUUGAUUUGCCAGCCUAUGAAAAUUAUGAGACUUUAAGAGGUGCAUUGUUGAUGGCCAUUACUGAAGGACACGAAGGUUUUGGUUUAGCAUAA